UUCGGAUUUGUUGUUCCGCUGACAUUUUCGCUGAUGCAGACGGCCGUGAUGUUUUUUCAAAAAAAUGAAUCUAAUUCUGCAACUACCAAAGGUCUGGGCGAGGCUCGAGGAAGACGCCUCCGCGAAGAUCCCCCGCGCGACAGGGAAGGAGGAAGCGGCGAGAUACACCGUGGUCGUCCCGUAGCGUAGGAAGUAGAGUAGAAAGAUGCUAGUCUUCCCGGGCGUCGAGGCGUCGUCGGCCAGGACGAGAUCGUCGAUGGUGUCGCACGAACGCCAGCUCCGUCUGGUCCUGUCGAUUCUGGUGCUGUUGUCCCCCCGGCUCCCGGUCCUAUCAACCUCCUCCGACAUAGUACAAAAGUUCCACGACCCGGAGGUGAAGCAUAUGAACCAUCUGGUGGUGGACAAGAACACCGGUCGGCUAUACGUGGGCGCGGUGAACCGGCUCUAUCAGCUUUCGCCGGACUUGGGUCUGGUGGUGAAAGAAGUGACCGGGCCGAAGGGCGACUCGACCGCUUGUUCGAUGAUCAACUGUCCCCAGGAGACGCCAACCCGGCCGGUCGACAACGUGAACAAGGCGUUGGUGAUCGACUACACGACCAGCCGGCUGAUCUCUUGCGGCAUAGUGUCACAAGGCACCUGCCGCGUUAGGAAUCUCCACAACAUCUCGGACAUCCUUCAAGAGGUGAAGGAGGCAGUGGUCGCGAACAACGCGACCGCUUCGACGGUGGCGUUCAUCGCGCCUGGGCCGCCGAAUCCGCCUGUCACCCAGGUGAUGUAUGUGGGUGCGACCUACACCGGCAACUCGCCGUAUCGGUCCGAAGUGCCAGCGGUCAGCUCCAGAUCGUUGGAUAAAGAUAGGAUGCUGAACAUCGCGGAGGCCGCGGUCACUACCGGCACCAGGAUGUAUGUGAACUCUCUGUCCCGGGAGAGGUAUCGGAUCAACUACGUGUACGGGUUCAGCAGCGGCGGGUUUAGUUACUUCAUGACCACGCAGAUGAAGAACACCGAGACCGCGAUCUAUAUGUCGAAGCUGGUGCGGGUGUGCCAGGACGAUCAGCAUUACUACUCGUUCACCGAGAUACCGAUCAACUGCACCAACGAGGGGAUCAAUUACAACCUGGUCCAAGCGGCAUACGUCGGCAAGGCCGGCUCGGUCCUGGCCGAGAACCUGGGGAUCACCGCGCAGGAGGACGUUCUGUUCGCGGUGUUCUCGCAGAGCGAAUUGCCGAGCAACGAUAUUCCUCUGCCGCUUUCCGCGCUGUGUGUGUACUCGUUAAAGGCUAUCAGGAGGAAGUUCAUGACCAAUAUACAGAAGUGCUUCAGCGGUUUGGGACACCGGGGACUGGACUACGUGUCGCCGAGUCACAAGUGCAUCUCAACGAAAUUGCAAACGAUCGCCGAGGACUUCUGCGGAUUGGACGUGAACACGCCUUUGGGCGGCGAGGAUGCGGUUGAGGGUACUCCUGUGAUCACGUUCGAAACUCAUCUCACAGCGGUCGUGGCUACAUCCACCGGCGACUACACCGUCGUCUUCGUGGGCACCAAGGGGGGUCACCUGAAGAAGAUCGUAGUGGAAAGCUCCACUCUAGGACUAGAGUAUGGGGAUUUGGAGAUCGAUCCAGGCGCUCCGGUGAACCCGGAUCUGCUCUUCGAUUCCCAGCUCAUGCACCUAUACGUGAUGACCAAUAAGACAGUGUUCAAGGUCAAGGUGCAGGAAUGUUCGGUGUACAAGACCUGUCUGGAGUGUCUAGGCGCGAAGGACCCGUACUGCGGAUGGUGUUCACUGGAGAACAAAUGCAACCUGCGCAGGGACUGUCAGGAUGCUGCCAAGGAUCCGCUCUAUUGGAUCUCUUAUAAAAGCGCCAAAUGUACAGCCAUCACGACCGUCACUCCGGACCAGUUGCAACGCACGACCGCCAGAACACUCGAGCUAGUCAUCGAAAACCUGCCAUCGCUUACCGGCCAGUUCCUCUGCGCGUUCUCGACCCUGGACAAGACCUUGAUCACGAACGCGUCGAGGAAAUCGUUCGGCGUGAACUGUACAACGCCAAGGACCGAUCUCCUACCGCCAAUACCCACCGGACAGCAUCAUUUCACCGCGAAACUGUCCGUGAGAAUGACCAACGGACCCGACCUCGUCGCGACCAAUUUCACCUUCUUCGACUGCAACACCUACAGCUCUUGCACACAGUGCGUUUCGUCCAGUUUCCCCUGCGACUGGUGCGUCGACGGGCACAGAUGCACGCACGACACGGCCGAGAACUGUCGGAACGAUAUUUUGGUCACUGGAAUCAAUAGGAUGGGCCCGAGUUACAGAAGCGGUCCAGCAUUCUGUCCCACGUUGAACGCCUCCGAUACCCAAGAGAUCCUGGUGUCUUCCGGCGUCAAGCAGAUCAUCCGCGUCAAAGUGCACAUCAUCGGGCAAUUCAUCGUGCAGACCCGCUUCGUUUGUCAGUUCAACAUAGAGGGCCGUGUAACGAGCGUAAACGCUCGCUUGUUGGGGGACACGAUCUAUUGCGAGGAAACCGACUUUUCAUACACGUCCCGCGCGCCGAACAUCACCGUGCCGUUCGCGGUGAUCUGGGGCGGUUCGAAGCCUCUGGACAAUCCAUACAACAUCCACUUGGUGAUCUACCGCUGCCGCGACAUGGCGGACAAUUGCGGCAUGUGCCUGGCACUAGCGCCGAAGUAUGAUUGCGGAUGGUGCCAGAGCUCGGACAAGUGCGAGGUCAAGAACCAAUGCGACUGGGGCACCCGUAUAUGGCUGAACAGGAACCAGACCUGUCCGAAUCCAGAGAUUCACUCGUUCGAGCCGGCGAUGGGGCCUUGGGAAGGGAACACGAACAUCACGAUACGCGGCAUCAACCUCGGGAAAACGUUCAGCGACAUCUACCGCGGAGUGAGGGUCGGCGGGAUGCGUUGCCAGCCGUACGAAGAGCUAUACAUACGCACAAAGCAGAUCGUCUGCCGCGUGGAUGGUCCAGGAACAGAGGAAGACAAAAUCGGACCUGUGAUCGUGGAGAUCGAGGACUUCCGCGGUGAAUCGAAGAAAAACUUCGAAUUCGUGGACCCUCGGAUCACUUCCAUAUCACCAAAACACGGUCCAGUUAGCGGCGGUACCAUCGUUACGAUCACCGGGAGAUACAUGAAUGCUGGCAGCAGAAUCGAGGCUUUCAUUGGCGAUCUGCCGUGCUCGAUAAUCAGCACGGAGACCAGUGAAGCAAUGUGUAUGACCAGCGCAAGCGGUAACAAUACGAGCGGGACGGUGCGAAUGACGUUCGACGGCGCGUCCAGGAUCUAUGACGGGUCAACUUUCGAAUACGUGGAGGACCCAACGAUCGACAGCGUAGGCAGCGGCGUCGCAGGCCAGGUGAAAAUCCCCAAAGGCAUACCGGCCGGCGGAAAUAAGAUCUCGGUAACCGGCAAGAACAUCGCGUACAUACAAAGGCCCCAGAUGUACGUUUACUACGACGAGAAGAUGUUCGUCUCCCAGUGCGAGGUGCACAGCCAGGAGACAAUGAUCUGCAAGUCACCGACGAUCGAACUGCCCGACAACGUCGUGGUGGACGCGGAGAAGCCUCUGUCCCUGGAGUACGGGUUCCGCAUGGAUAACGUGACGGGUGUCCAAAACCUCUCCCAGCACGGUUUCAGCCAUUUCCUGCUCUACCCGAACCCGAUCUACGAGGAGUUUGACGAGGAGAUCAAGUACUACAAGAGCGACUACCUGACCAUCAACGGACAGCACCUCGACCGCGCCUGCCAGGAGUCCGACGUGACCGUGCAGAUCGGGAACGGGUUCUGCAACGUCACCUCGCUCUCAAGGCAGCAGCUCACCUGCCGGCCGCCUCUAACACAGCCGCCCGCAAUGGACUUUGAGGGUUUGCCGAACAAGCAAGAGCUACCCGAGGUCAUAGUGAUCGUAGGUGGGACGCUCCGGUACAACAUCGGAAAGCUGAGUUACGCACUGCCCAACAGCCUGAACGGGCCGCUGUCGAAACCGGCUCUUAUCGGUGUGAUCGCGGCCAUCGUGAUUUUGGUGAUCGUAUUCAUCGCGUUCCUGAUCGCCUACCGAAGGAAGUCCACCGAGAGCAACCGAGUUCUGAAGAACAUGCAAGAGCAAAUGGACAUCUUGGAGCUGCGCGUCGCUGCCGAGUGCAAAGAAGCCUUCGCCGAACUGCAGACCGAAAUGACCGAUCUUACCGGCGAUCUGACCAGCGGCGGCAUACCGUUCCUCGAUUAUCGAACUUACGCGAUGAUGAUAUUAUUCCCGAGCGACGACAACAGCCCUGUGUUGCAAUGGGACCGGCCGGAACUCGCGCGCAAGGAGAAAGGCCUGCGAUUAUUCGGCCAGUUGAUCAUGAACAAGACCUUCCUGCUACUGUUCGUGCGGACUCUUGAAAGCAAUCGAUACUUCUCCAUGAGGGACAGAGUGAACGUGGCCAGCCUCAUCAUGGUUACACUUCAGAGCAAGAUGGAAUAUUGCACAGACAUACUGAAGACGCUCCUCGCGGAGCUGAUCGAGAAAUGUACGGAGGGGAAGAGUCAUCCUAAGCUAUUCCUUAGACGGACGGAAAGCGUCGCUGAGAAAAUGUUGUCAGCAUGGUUCACUUUCCUUUUAUACAAAUUUAUGCGAGAAUGCGCUGGAGAACCAUUAUACGUGCUGUUUCGCGCGGUGAAACAGCAAGUUGAUAAAGGUCCCGUAGACGCCAUCACAUCUGAAGCUAGAUACUCCUUAUCGGAAGAAAAAUUGAUCAGACAGUCUAUCAACUUUAAACCAAUGACGGUCUACGUAUCCAUAUCUCAACAAACAGUCUUCGUCGGUGGCAUGGAUCCGAACACAGAAAACGUUCCAGUGAAGGUUCUGGACUGCGAUACGAUAUCUCAAGUGAAAGAGAAGGCAUUGGACACAAUCUACAGAGCCACACCAUACAGCCAAAGGCCUAGGAAAGACGACCUAGAUCUUGAAUGGCGAACUGGAGCAUCCGGAAGAUUAAUCCUGUACGAUGAAGACUCGACAACCAAGACGGAAGGUGAAUGGAAGAAACGAAACACUUUGAAUCACUACAGGGUACCAGACGGAGCGUCGCUGAACCUGGUUUCCAAGCAGUCGUCAAUCUACAACCUGUCGAUCCUCUCAGAGAAGACCGACAAAUCGCACAAAUACGAAACCCUGAACCUCAGUAAAUUCAGCUCAGCCAGCCCUCCUCUGUCCCGCGCCACGUCGCCAUUGAAUCAAAACCACGACGGUGGACUAAAGUGCUGGCAUCUCGUCAAACAUCACGAUUCCGACGCGCGAAAAGAAGGUGACCGCGGUAACAAAAUGGUCUCGGAGAUCUACCUGACGAGGUUACUAGCAACGAAGGGUACGCUCCAGAAGUUCGUCGACGAUUUGUUCGAGACGAUCUUCAGCACCGCGCAUCGAGGCUCGGCACUACCACUAGCAAUCAAGUAUAUGUUCGACUUCAUGGACGAUCAAGCACUGCAACAUGGCAUAUCCGACCCCGAAGUGGUCCACACAUGGAAGAGCAACUCCCUUCCGCUUAGGUUUUGGGUUAACCUCAUUAAGAAUCCGAAUUUCAUUUUCGACAUACACAAAUCGAACAUUGUAGACUCGUGUCUGUCGGUUGUGGCACAGACGUUCAUGGACAGCUGUUCCACUUCAGAUCAUAGAUUAGGUAAGGACUCGCCAAGUUCUAAGCUACUUUAUGCAAAGGACAUUCCAGUGUACAAAGAAUGGGUAGAACGUUACUAUUCAGAUAUCAAAGUCAUGCCAGCCAUAUCCGAUCAAGACAUGAACGCCAUGCUUGCCGAAGAGUCUAGGUUGCACACAACAGAGUUCAACACGAAUUGUGCUCUCUGCGAACUGUACACGUACGCAGACAAAUACAACGAACAGCUGAUAGUGACACUGGAGGAGGACGAGUUUUCACAGAAGCAGAGACUGGCAUACAAACUCGAGCAGGUGUAUAAUAUAAUGGCGGCGGACAAUCCCUGAUGUACCAUGAACUCUAUGAAGCACAUGUCAAAGCCUGCCCGCCAAGAGUUACCCUGCUGAAUACUCGACCGCAGUUAGGUAUUCUCGAGGAAGCACCAAGAGGACUGGCCUAUCUUAUAAUCGAUCGUCUCAGGUUUCCCGUGCAAGCCAGUUGUCUCAGCUUAGUACGCGAAUUAAAUACACACAGCAUACAGACACACAGACACAUGAACACGCGGACAUGAACGAAGAAACUGCACAACGGACCGCUAAAGAAGUUUCGCGAUGGAAGACUGUAAGUUCAACGAGAGGACUAAGUGUUGUUUUCGGAAGUACCGUGUGAAAAUACCAAGAGGAAGUCUUCUGAAUGGUCGCUGGCGGGCGAGUGUGUGCAACGAUAAUCAAGAGCGCGCGCCACGCAUAAUUGUACAUAAGAUACCAAAAUCACGAUUAAUUGUAAUAGAAUUAUUUGAUGUGCGGCGGCCACACCGGCCGGCGGCCAUGACACGCAAAUACUCACACACGCACACGCACACACACAAAACACAAGAACACACGAACACAUAAACGAAGAACAAACAAAAAUGCAACCGCAAACGAAGAUUUC